GAGUCGACAUCUCCCAAUCACACCCAUACGACCAAUUAAACUCCUAAUCAGGACGUCUUUUGAAAACCGGAGCACCCGGAAGAAACCCACAUUGGUUAAAUCUGCAAACAACAGGAAUUCUGCAGAUGCUGGAAAUUCAAGCAACACACAUUAAAGUUGCUAGUGAACGCAGCAGGCCAGGCAGCAUCUCUAGGAAGAGGUGCAGUCGACGUCUCAGGCCGAGACCCUUCGUCAGGACUAACUGAAGGAAGAGAGUCCCGCAGGAAUGGAUGGAUCAUAUCUGGUGGUUGUGGGCAGUCUCUUUGUUUUCCAGCUCCUCUUCCACGUGAUAUCUCCGCGCCUCUCCACUCUGCUCUGCUGGGGUUACAGCCGCUUAUCUCAGGCACAGAAAACAGAAUGGCACUCCAGGUGCGUGUCCACAAUUCAUGCUCUUGUCGUUGGGAGUCUCGCUCUGUACAUCCUCUGGUUCGAUGACGACGUCAACAGAGACCGAAUCUGGGGGGAUCCCAGACUAGUCAAGGUUAACAUAGCAAUCGCUUCAGGCUACUUGAUCAAUGAUUUAAUGCUUCUCCUGUGGCACUGGAAGACACUAGGAGACAGGUAUUUCAUCAGCCACCACUUGGCAGCGCUCUAUGCCUACCAGUAUGUGCUGGCUCGGGGUCUCCUCCCUUACUUUGCUAAUUUCCGACUGAUUGCAGAGCUCUCCACGCCCUUUGUAAAUCAGCGAUGGUUUUUUGAGGUUCUGGGCUUCCCCCGGAGCGCCAGGCUCGUGCUGCUGAAUGGCGUGGCCAUGUCCAUCAGCUUCUUCCUCGUGCGCAUCGCUGUGAUUCCGUCCUACUACCAGCAAGUGGCUUCCAGCUUCGGCACAGCCGCCUUCCACCGCCUUGGGCUGGGCCCACAGUGCGCUUGGAUCGUAUCCAGCCUCGCCCUGGAUAUUCUCAACACAAUCUGGAUGUACAAAAUUGCCAGAGGCUGUUGGAAGAUUCUGUUCCUGUCCCACAAGCACCGGAAAACUGAACUCAGUAAGAACUCCUAGACACGUGGCCUGGCUUAAAGGACAAGACUGACCUGUUUACACGUUAAUCUUUCAAUUAAUCAGUCAGCAAUGUCAAAAACCUAGUUCAAAAAUGUCAACCAUAUAGUAAAUCCAUUGAAUUUGUAAAUGUUGGUGUUCCAAAACAUAGGCACAGACUAGAGAUGGGAUUGAUUCUCUGAUUAUUCCCAUAUUUUAAUUUGAUAAGCCUCAGAGAUUUAAAUUGGUUCUCUGUCUUAGCUGUAACUGAGCCUUGAGCGUGAGAAAUGCCUCUGUACCAGUGGGCCCAGUCCUGUAGGCCUCGUCCCCUGGCUCAGCCCUCCAGGCUCUGCGCGUCCAGUUCAUGCACUCCAGGACCAGCCAGGACCCAGCUCUCGUGCUGGCCCCAUCAGUGAAUUGAAACAUCUGCAGCCCAGACAAUGCUGCAUUGGACACCUGCCUUAUCCACCUGUCUCAGACCAUAUUGGCUGAGCUGUGCUCCGGAAUAGAAUCUGGAUUUUUAUCUGAUUGAUUUGCAUCACAAUUUAGGGCAAACUUGUACUUCUUUGUUUUGUGAAUGCCAACAAGAAAAUGAAUCUCAAAGUAUAUGGUGACAUAUAGAUACUUUGUUGGUAAUAUAAUUUUACUUUGAACUUUGAAACCUCAGUCCCCUUCCCCUUCCCCUUUUUUGUAGAUUAAAUUGCCUACCUGAUGGCAAGAUAGGAUCAUUGAGCCUUCGAGCACAAUCCCUCUCCGUCCAAUGUUAUAGAACUUCUCAGGUUCGUGAGGAUUUUUCUUGCCUCACUAACAGAGAGACGAUUUCUGGCCCUCUAAUGGUGAAUCAUGUUAAGAGACCUCAUCCCCUUAACCACCAGCCUUGAGCCAUGCAUGCACACUCGUGGUGUCGUAACAGUGACCCACAUCACUCUACUAACACUUGCAGAUUUUCCAAAUUCAGCUUAGCUGGUGAAGUGUAAGUGGCUUAUUGGGUCAGUCACACAGUCAAAGGUACUACUUUACCUAUUCAUGUAGCUAUCAACUGCUGAUGUAAAAUAAUUUUACCAGAGCGCCAACCUGGGCUAGUAAUUUAUAAAUCAUGUCAAUUGAGUUUCAAUGAAUUUUCAAACAAGUAUGUAGCACAGUAGGUAAGGAAAUCCCUGUGUAUUUCUAUGGAUUUCUGGAUCAACGUCCAAUCAGGCUUUGUGAAAGAAGCUGUUCAGAAGCACAUGGAAUGUGAUUAGGAUAAAAAGAUGCAAGUAGGGAUGGUGGAAUAUGGAUUGGUAUCUUGCAGGGAACAGGCUCCAGGACAACACUAGGUUAGAAGGCACACAACACGGAACAGAACGUAGCAAAAUGUUGUUCAAGUUGCCGGUUGAGCAAAGCAGUGGCUGUUAGAGUUCAGGCUGGGGAGGUGUGAGACUGUCCAGUGCAGGCCCGGGAUGGGGUAGUAUACUUUUCACCCAUGAAGGCAAGGAACUGAGAGAGGUUUAGAGACCCAAGUACAGAAAUAACUGACAAAAACUGCUGGACAGGAACAGAGAAUAAUUUAAACACUAAAGGAGUCUUUAACUCCAGAGGACUCGUAUACAAAGGACGGAGGCCUCCAGUCACGUCUUUGGAUCUGUCAAGUAACCAGUAUUGUAUGCUAUUGGAACCAGGGACACAAGUUCAAAUUUAUUGUCAUUCAGCCAUACACAAGUAUACAGCUAAACGAAACAACGGUCCCCUGGAGCCAGGGUGCAAAACACAGUCGCGCACAGCACACACAGUCACAAAAUAAUAUUAGCAUAAGUCACGUGAGUGGCAUGGCAGGGGGACAUAAAGUGCGAGGUGCAUGUUUAUAUACCGUUGGCAGCACUGGCCACAGGGAGUAAUGGGAAAGGAGAACAAGUGACUUUGUAAUGGGUAAGAAAAUCACCCUCUUGAGUUUUACCUUCCUUCACGUUGAAAACCACCUCCCUCAUUCUGGUUUAUACACUUGCUUUGUGUGGUUCAGCUGCUGCGCAUCUUCAUGAGUCGAGUACUUCCUCAAUCACCUCAUUCCCCUCAAAACAAUCUAGAAGCUUCCCCACAAUGCUUCCUGAUGAAGUUUCCAAACAUCUUCUGAAAUCGCUCAUGUACCAUCUCCCGACAUCUUUGUCACUGCAUUGCCUGUUCAGCCAACAGCUUGCGUUCUCUAGCACACUGUUGGAAGGACCACAGCCAUUCGACAUCUCUGACCAAUCCUCUGCCCACCUUACCCUUUCACACAUAAACCAACUCAUCCCUGGGUCAACCAAGUCCUUCCUGAUCUUAAUGCUGACCAUUUCGCAUUGACACCACAGCCCAGUACAGAUAAUUCUAUCAUCACCCCCUCUCCUUUUACUACUAAAGCCAUUGCGUGUCUCAUCACAUGCAGUCAACCAGGAAACUUUCCUCCAACUUCAGCUGGUUUCACACUUCCCCUCCCACAGUGAGGCUCUGUCACAGCUUUGCUGCUGCAGAAUAAAUUCCAUCGCCAGCCUUGCCUUCAAGCAAAGAACUUUGCCAACGCACAACUUAAAGUCAUCUUUUAGCCAAUUUCUGCUAAAUAUGUUGACAGGUUUGCCCCUUUGCAUUUGUGUAAAUUGUGCAAAUUGGCUGCUACAAGACUGCACUAAGCAGCAGUUAAUAAUCCGCAAAUCUGAGGAUGUACUGGGGAUGCCAUAAGUAAGCCUUAAGUCAUGAGCUGUAUUUUAUGUGCAAUAACGGCUGGCAGCACCGACCUACCAGUGCUUAAAGGGUGAGCGUAGCAGGAGUGUCUCUGUGUUUGUAUCGUAACAUUGCGGCCAGAACAGGUGCUAAUUCUGAAGCAGGCGUCGCUGGCAAUAGUCGGGGUGAGACAGACACAUUACCUGGAAACAUUCCGUUUCCCAUUGCUGCACAGGUCAAGGUCACGGUCCUGAAAACCGUACAAACCGAGGAGACACUAUUGACUUCUGUACAGUGGAGUCUUCUCCUGGGGUCAUAUUUCAUUUACCUUCUCUAGACCGUAGUUGGUUCAUUUAUUAAAGCUUUGUAGAUCAUUAUCUCAAAAAUUCCUCUUCAACAAAACAAGUGUUGACCUUUGAAAUGACACAAGAUGUUUCCUUGAGGUAAGUGAUAAACAUUAGCCCAUCAAACACCUGGAAUCUUUGUUUUCCUCUUGCAUUCUGUCUUACGUGUGCCUUAUUGCUUUAGCUAAUUCAGCGCAGAUGCUUUGAGUUUGUACUGUGCCCCACUGAAAGGCUGCCUUCGCUGUUCCAGUGACUGCCACUGUCCAGAUGAAACCAAGUGAGCCAGAUUAAAACAUCCCAUUCCCAUUCCCGUUCCCGACUGAAGUGCCGAUCCAUGGCCUCCUGUUGUGCCAAGAUCAGGCCACCCUCGGGGUAGAGAAGCAACACUUAAUAUUCUGUCUGGGUAGCUUCCAAACUGAUGGCGUGGACAGCAAUUUCUCCUUCCAGUGAACAAAUUUCCCUCACUUCCGCCUGGGUCCCCUCUUCCUUCCCUUGCUCCUAUUCUCCACUCUCCUCCCCUUUCUUCCAGCCCCUGACCUUUCCCACCCACCCGGUUUCACCUAUCACCUACCAACUGGCCUCCUUCCCUACCCCCCACCUUCUUAUUCUGGCAUCUUCGCCCGCCCUUCUCAGUCCUGAAAAAAGGGUCUCGGCCCAAAACAUCAACUGUCCACUCUUUCCAAUAGAUGCUACCUGACCUGCUGAGUUCCUCCAGCAUUCUGUUUGUGUUACUGUGGAUUUCCAGCAUCUGCAGACCUUCUUGGGUUUAGAUUAGAACUAUCCUCUGUGUAGGUAUGGAUUUUUUUUUUUGAGUUAGGGUGUUCACAAAGAAAAUAGAAAGGCACAAAAGGACUACAGGGAUCUAAUUGCAGUUCACAUCUUCUCUUUGCGACUGUGUGGAUUUCCUCCAAGUGCUCUGGUUUCCUCCCGCUUCUCAAGCAAGUACAGAUAAGUGGCUUAAUUGGCCAGUAUAAAUUAUCCUGUGUGUGAGUGAGUGGUAGUGGGGGGGGGAGGCAGGGGUGUGGAAGAGAGAGUAGAGGGAGAAUGGAUAAAAGGGAACAGGUUUGUUCUGACAAGCUAGUAUUGAUUUAAUGGCUGUAAUGGCCUCCUAUCAUUAUAAAAUAUGGAUUAGGUUUGAUUGAUUCAAUUACUGUACAAAGAGCCUUGAUGGGCUGAAUGGCUGUCUACAUUUUAGUAAUUCCAUGAUUUCUGCUAGAUUUCCAAUGCUGCUGCCUCCAGUGUGAGAGAAUUUGCACACUGAUAAUCAACCUGGGGUCAUAGUUGUGGUUAUAUAAAAUGUUUUGGAUAAUGGGUCUGGCAGAUGGGAAGCACUGUAACCUUUUGUACUGAGAUCCUGUGACUUGAUUGAAUAAACGUAUUUGAA